AUGGGAAACUGCUGUUCCUCAAAAAAGCAAAAUAAAACAGUUGAAGAACCAAAGAUACAGGAAGAUACAGAUGCCCAACCAAGUCCCGAAAAACAUGAUGCCACACCUCCAUCAUUUUCUUCAUGCACCCCCAAAUCUUGCUCUAAAAAGACCGAUGCCGUUAUUGAGCCAACCUCAAAAAUCGCGGAUGAAGAAAAGUCAAAAUACGACAAUUUAAACUCGGAUUCCCUUGAACCCGUUGUUGAUGCAAAACUUGAUCUUCCGGAAAACGCCGAAAAAACCUCUAUUCGUUCUGAAAAAAUCAACGCUCCAAAAGAACUUGAUUCUGAAGCAGUCAAUUCUUUCGCGGAUGCCCUUAGUUCCGAUUGCCAACGAGUUGUCUUGGACGAAGUUAAUUUUCAACAAGAAGAUAGUCAAGAAACAAUGAUAACUCCUGAUUUUGUCGAAGAAACGCUGAUUCAACCAGUCGAAGUAGAAAAUGAUGAUUUUGAAGGAGGAUCGAGGAUUGAAGGAAAAACGCUUGAAGAGUUUGUCAAUGAAAAUGCAGCACUUCCAAUCAUCGAUAAUUUCGAGAAAGAUGAAAGUUCUCCCGAUGUUUCUCGCCUUUCGAGCCAGAAGGAAGACGAUUUAGAAAUUGAAGAAAAUGAAGAUGAUGUCAAAAAGCUCGAAUCGUUGGCAAAAGCUCCUGAUGCUUCACCAAAAGUUGUUUGGGAUGAAGCAGAAACUCGAGGUGGUAAAAGAAGAGGGACUGAUUUAUUUGAGCGAAGACGGCAAUUAUGCGAUCAGCACACUAUGGAGAGUCAGCGUGACGGGCCAAAGGAUGACCUUUUUGCGACGAAGCAGAAGGUGGCGAAUUUGGCGGGAGGAAUGAGGACUCCAGCGCAGUCGAAUGAAUUCUUGAGCUCCAUUGCCAAGGAUGAUGAAAUGGCCAGGGAGAAACUGAGCAAGAGAUAUGCGGAGAUGGAGAAGCGAGGCCAGCUGGGGCAGAGAAAUCCCGGUGUCAAGAAGGCUCCACAAGUUUCUCAGGAAAAUCUGUACAAUUUCUCGCAAAAUAAGACCAUCUCCGAUUUCGACCAGCCCCCUCCUCGUCCAAGAAGAUGGUCACGUGGCUCAACCCAGUCUCUGGAGUGCGAAAAAGUGGAUACAGAUCUCUUACGCUCCGAUGAGAAAGUAUUUCAAGUUCGACAACUUAUGGACAAAGAAACUGGAAAGAGAUUGGAAUACAACAAAUUGGCCGCUGUGCCGAAAAAUCAGAUCCCAAAUCCAGAAUCGUCAAUCGAGCCAAUUGCUGAGCAAGACGCUUGCGUAAGCGACAGAAUCGCGGAAUUCAGCAACAGACAGCCUGAUGUGGUGAUAGACAUGGAGAAAGCGAAGCUUGAUUUUUCUUCCUACAGCAGCGGCAAUUCGACUUUGAGCAAAGCAGAAGAAGAGAAAUUGUCGCCGGAAACGUUGAAGAAAAGAAAAGCCAGAUAUUCAGAGAAUGAGAGCACUGGAGUAGAUCUGAGGCGAAAAAUGAACGAUGGUUUUCAAGAAUUCCUCGAUUUUGUCGAUGAUUGUCAAUCUGAAGCAUCCGCUGUUCUUGAAGGGAACUUCGUGAAACCAGAUCCAGACAAAGAAGACAUGUUCAAACGAACCCUUUCUCAGCGAGGAAGAGAAUCCCCUUGCCCCCGCCAUUGGGGGGAAGUAACUGCGGAUUUAGAAGAGCUUCCAAAAAUGACCAGACCAGAUCGCAAAAUCGGCGGAACUUCCUACAAAGAACUAGCUGCUUUACCUCCGAAAAAAUUUUAA